AUGUCGGAUCUUAACGAGGAGCUGGCAAAGUGGUACGAGGAACUCCAGAAACUCCCCCAUGACUGCCAUCUACUCUGCCCGAAAAUCAACUCCGACGAUCGCGAGAACUACAAAACCUUUGACGACCCGGAAUCCCAGAUCACCGUGGAGAAUAAAAAGCAGCGUAUCCAAGAUGGCCGUCACCGCGUCGAAAUCACGUACUGGAACAGCUUGAUCUUUGGAUUUGAUAAAAGCGAGGCGGGCAAAUGGGCUGAGGAGUUCAAAGAUAGGCUUGAGGAUGGACUGAGGAGUUGCUCCGAAUGCGUCCUCAAUUGGCAUAUGCAACGCCAGCUCCAUCUCCAAAAGUUUUCCGAAAAAUGGAACGAACAAGUCAUCGAACACAUUGAACAGAUGUUGAAUCGAGUCGAUAUCGCCAGAAUUAGUUGCCAUCUUGAAUGGGCCAAAGAAUACAUCGCCAAAAUCGAAUCAAGGGGCGAUGUUUUCAAAAAAACGCAGUUAGGAGAGAAGCUACCCGAAGUACUCAUUGCAGUUUAUGAGACCCUCUGCUGCAUGCCGUUCAUGUCAAGCCCUGAACAACGCGCAGUUUUUCAGUACGUCUUCCUGCGGUUGCAAGGGAAGAGCUAUCUCAAGCUGGGGCGGAGCGAUCCACUCCCUGGCAUGACAUACUUCUUAUUUGAUCAAAAGAAUGAGUCCCGUCGAGAUUGGGCAAAAGAGAACUGGAAAUCCAUCGACUCGAAAGCAAUGACGGAGGCCCAGUUUGACUGGGCCGUGAGCAAUGGGUUGACCAGUGCGAUAGAUGACAUUGCCAGGAUCCAAGUUACCCCUCAGCUCUCGAGUGAAGAACGCCUGGCUAUUGAGCGUUUCUGGGAAGGAUUCGAAAUCGUUUUGACUAAGCUGCCGGAAAACCUGAUUCACAGCCGUCUCCGAAGUCUGGAAUUGCGCCAGGGCUCAAGCAUUUACGACUUGCUAUUUCGUCAUAUCCAGACCUGCACCUCGGAAGGCAUGCUAGUUGUGACGAUUCGAGUACUAACAAUCUUCUUAAAAGACUAUCCCAAAGCCUUUUGGGAUGUAAUCGGUGAUGCCAGGCCAAACGUAAUUGCCGACCUGCUCUUUGCUAGUCCCGUUUACAAAACUCUGCUUCGCCAAUCUCUCGACGACUGCUGGACUGGCUUCAGCAUGGAUUCAGAUGUUGUACCUUUUCCUACAUCCUGGAUUCAACCUUGGCUCAUGUCUUUGAGUCGUGACCGUAGAUAUGAUGCUUGCGAGGUUCUAAUGCACACUCUAUUUGCGACUUUGGCAAAGGAUCCAUUCAUCGGAGAACCGGGUCAAGCAGCAUGUAUACGUGCUGGCUUUGAUGCCAUCAAUUUUACCCUAAAGUCCUUCCUAGAUCCCAGUACACAGACUGCAUCUGGCACAACUCAUCUAUACGCGGGUUGCGCCUUCGAUCUCGUCGUAAAGAACAAGGACCUCAUACUGGGGAGCCUGCGGCCACCACCAGAUUCACAAGAGGGUUGGACGACUUUCAGGGUCUCCGACGCCGCCAUGUCAGUCUUAAACGCCGCUAUGAAAUUGGACAUGAAGAUGUUCUUGGAGGAGUUCCAGGCUAUUCACAACAGAAAGCAGCUCCAAUCAACAAUUGUCCGAGAUUCAAAGGCUUUCUGGGAAGGCGUUGUGGAAAUAUUCGACUCCUCCGGAGAUCAAGUGGCCUUGGCAAAGUCUGUCUUGGUGUCCCUUGGUCCUCUCAUCUCAGUCGAACAGAUACGACCACGCAAAACCAUCAACAAACUAGAUGAGUCUGGCCAACGAUUCAACACAUCACUCAGUAGCAUUGCCGACGUGCUAGCGAGGAUUCUGGGUCGAAUAUCCGAGGUGGAUGCCACCGAUUUGAAUCUUCUUUUUGCAGACCGGUUGCCAUUCCAGGUUAUUGUAGGGCUGUCCGUCCACGACGAUUCUAACUUGGCCGAAGGCUCAGCCGAAAUUCUCAAGAGCUGGACCGGUGAGUUAUCACGAAGUGGCGCCAUAGAGCACAUGUCUCAGCUCCAUCCGGAACAAACUCUAUCAUCCAUCGUUUGGACGCUGGAGAGAAUCCUCAAACCGCCAUUUCCUUGGGGCCCUAUCCGCCCUCUGCUCAAUAUGAGCAGGGAUGUUCUCAGAGGAUUGUCCGACCCGACUUCGGGUGUCCUCAGAACAAAGACUCUCAAUUCAAAGUCUGUCGCUAUAGUGCUGCGCUGGUGGAACGAGCAGUGGCGAUUUGUUUCAAAGUCUUGUCUCAACAUAGAAUCCUGGUCACAUUUAGUUCCAAAUGCGAUUAUGACCGAGUUCUGUCGGGAAAUCAUGGAACUAGCCGAAGCUCUUAUCGCGGAAGACGGUCUUCUCACUUCUGCUACUACUUUAGGCAAGACUGAACAAGAAGUGAUGCCAAUCAUUCUUGGGCCGGCGAAGGAGAACUUUCGGGGAAUGGAGAACAUGAUUCGCCUGAAAGAUAGGUGGUUGGUUGACGUUACGGUUCGGGUCCUCUGCAAGAUUUUGACCAGACUUCGGGAAAAUGAAUUGGAAAUCAAUGCCGGGUCGCGAAUGCUCAUAACAGACGCUUGCGUUCCCACCGGAACUAACGGGAAAUAUCUCCGAACAACGAACUUAACAGACCAACAACGAGCCGAAUUGCUUCAGGCCCUCGGUCAUGAUGAAGAAGUUCAAAUAAUCCAAAUUGGAACAGCAACGAGUGUUUCGGAUCGGACAGCUUCUGUACGCAUGGAGAAGUCCAAGAAGCAAAGCAAACUGGAUGCUUGGUCCAAGUCUGCGCCGCCUGGAAUUCCUUCUGAUAAGACCGGGAGGUCCAAUAGAGAUGACGUUCUGGAAAUUAGUAAAUCUGCGGAUAGUCCGAUUCUCAAGCAGCUUGCGGCGCAGCAGGCAAGGGCUAAGGCCAAAGGCCCUGACAUGAAGGCCAUUUCGGCAUUGAAGGAAAGCAGACAGAGAGAAAAGGCCGAGAAAGCCAAGAGAGAUGCUGAAGCUAUCGCGAGAGCCAAGAAGAUUCGGGGAGAAACCGUCUCAGGGGAAGGAUCUGGAACCCAGAGUCUUGAAGUGCCAGGCAAAGGCAACGCGAGGAGUGAAAUCAUGGUCAACAGCUCCGAUGAGGAAUCAGACGAUGACGGCGCGGAUUCUGACUCAGACGAGCAACUUGCAACGUUGAGCACUGGUGGUCAGAAAGGUCUUGACGAACAUGAAAAACGUCGGCAGCAGGCCCUCCGAGACCGACUCCGCAGGCCGGUCAAGAAAAUCCGUCAGCAGCGUUCAGUGAAGGAAAUGAGAGCUCGCUUGAUACCUCCUAUGGAUAGACUUCACAACACUAUUUUAGCAUGGGACAUUUUUCACCAAGGCAGCGACCCUCCUAAUGGUCCAGCUGCUUCCGAAGUUGCUACCAAGUAUCCCGAUCCGCGGUCGUAUCAGGCAACGUUCUUUCCUUUGCUUGCUUCCGAAGCCUGGCGUUCUUUUGUGACUGCAAAGGAUGAGAUAACGGCUCAGUCUUUCGGCAUGAAACUCGCAAGCAGAGCAAACGUUGACAGCUAUUUGGAGGUUGCCUUUACUUUACCUGUUGUUCAAAAUCGUGAAAGAGGGGUCUCUGAAGGAGAUAUACUCUUGGUCUCCGAGGCGGAGAGCCCUCUCCAAAGUCCUACCUCAAAACACUGUCUAGCUAGGGUUCACCGAAUUACGUACAAGAAGGAUCUUGUCGAAAUCACAUACCGUGUCGCAUCACGUAACAACCAGCUGUCGACCGUAUUAAUGCCCGGUGCCACUGUGCACGGCGUCAAGAUAACGAAUAUGACUACCAUCGAACGAGAAUACGCCGCGCUGGAAAGCCUACAGUACUACGAUCUCAUGGACGAAAUCUUGAAAGCUGAACCGUCACCAAUUCUUCGAUAUGGGGAGGAAAAGAUCUCCAACGCCAUGCAAAAUUGGACCCUAAACCAUGGUCAGGCAGUGGCGGUCCUCGGGGCUCAAGACAACGAUGGCUUUACCCUUAUUCAAGGACCGCCUGGAACCGGCAAGACCAAGACCAUCACCGCAAUGGUUGGAUCAUUGCUCUCAGAACAGCUUUCCCAAGUCUCGAACGGCGUUCCUGUGGGUGCGCCAUUUCGCCCCUUGGCUGGUGUGGUAGCUGCUGCUCAAGGCCGGCCCAAAAAGCUUCUUGUCUGCGCCCCCAGUAACGCGGCCGUUGAUGAAUUAGUUCUCCGUUUAAAGAGUGGCGUCAAGACUAGCAGCGGAAAAACGAAGCCUAUCAAUGUGCUUCGUCUCGGCAGGACCGAUGCUAUCAACGUUGCCGUCAAGGAUGUCACGCUUGACGAGCUUGUCCGAACUCGACUGGAAGGCGACAACACCAAAGACAAAGCCAAAGCUGAAAGAGACAAACUUCACGAAGACGCGGCAAAAAUCAAGGAAGAGCUUGCGGAAAUUAGACAGCUCCUUGAUGAGGCCCGUGCACAAGACAAUCGCAGCACACAAAACAUUCUUUCCCGCAAAUUUGACGAACUCAAGCGGCAACAAAUGAACAUUGGUAAACAGAUUGACGCGAACAAGGAUAGCGGCAAUUCCCUCGCUCGAGAGAUGGAGAUGCGUCGCAGACAAGUGCAGCAGGAAAUCCUCAACUCUGCUCAUGUGCUUUGUGCAACACUCAGCGGCAGUGGGCAUGAAAUGUUCCGCAACUUGGAUGUCGAGUUUGAAACCGUCAUCAUCGAUGAAGCUGCUCAGUGUGUUGAACUUAGCGCCUUGAUUCCACUCAAGUAUGGGUGCUGCAAAUGUAUACUUGUAGGAGACCCGAAGCAGCUUCCCCCAACUGUCUUGUCUCAGUCCGCAGCACGUUUUGGCUACGACCAGAGCUUGUUCGUUCGAAUGCAGCAGAACCAUCCGAAGUCAGUCCAUCUACUCGAUAUGCAAUAUCGAAUGCACCCGAAGAUUAGCAUGUUUCCCAGCAAGGAAUUCUACGAAGGACAGCUCCAAGAUGGGCAAGAUAUGCUGCAGCUUCGGCAGCAGCCUUGGCACCAGAGUGCUCUCCUUGGCCCUUAUCGGUUCUUCGAUGUGGAGGGUGUCCAAGAGAAAGGAAGAAAGGGUCAAUCACUGGUCAACACCAGAGAACUGGAGGUUGCCAUGGAGAUGUAUGACCGUUUCAGCAAGGAGUACAAGCAGUGUGAUCUUACAGGCAAGAUUGGCAUCAUCACCCCCUACAAAGCUCAACUGUUUGAGCUGAGGAGUCGCUUCACAAGCCGAUAUGGAGAGAAUAUCACCGAUAUUAUUGAGUUCAACACUACAGACGCCUUUCAGGGUCGAGAAUGUGAAAUUAUCAUAUUCUCCUGCGUACGAGCCAGCUCUACAGGCGGCAUUGGUUUUAUGACGGACAUUCGCCGUAUGAAUGUUGGGUUGACUCGUGCCAAAUCAUCAUUGUGGAUCCUGGGAGACUCCCGAGCACUGGUACAGGGUGAGUUCUGGAAGAAACUGAUCGAAGAUGCCAAGGCCAGAGACCGAUACACAAAGGGCGAUAUACUGCGCAUGUUCAGACGGCCUUUGAAAAGAGCCAGUCCGCCCGCCUACCAAGCGUCUCAAAUGGGGUCUCCCAAAGAUAUCGAGAUGCUCGACGCCCCGGCAGCAAAUGUCAUAGCGGACGGUGUAGAAAAUAUCAAAUCAACAUCCUCUGCUGGCUCCCCGGCCCCGAGCAAUGGAAGCCCAUCUUGGAAGACCUCUGACAGCAGUAUACCCAAAGUUGUUCCACGCGGAGCGGGUCUACCUGUAAUACACACGUCAGAGAACCAAGCCUCUGAGCAAAAGAAGCGACCGCUGGACGGGUCAGACUCUGGACAGCACGCAGCAAAGAGAGUAGUAGGUGGCCCAUCCGUGGCGGCACAAGGCACUAGCAACCAAGCACGGAUUUCUAAUGAGACAACAGAUUGCGAGCACGCAGCGAGGUGGCCUGAUGGGCAAAUUCGGACAAAACCAUAUCAAACAGACGAAGCCGCCUCCGGCACCCAAAGACCCUUCGGCAAUGUCAGUCCUCGGGAUGGUACCUCCGGAACGACCCCCUCCUUCGGUGACGAACUCGACGACUCCUCCGAUUCAGGCGUCGAAUGGGUCGAUGUCGAAAUCGGGUCAACCUAG